AUGACAGACAAUAGAGUUCCACGUGUCAAAAUGCUCGAGAGACAUUUCAAUUCUUCGAAUUGGAAAAACGGGCGAAGCAUCGAAUACACCGUGGCAGAAUUGAAAACUCUUACGGACGAUGCCACUGAAAUGUUGCGACGAGGGCCAUCUCUUAUUGAAAUCGAAGCACCAGUUACUGUUGUCGGAGAUCUUCAUGGACAAUAUGAGGAUCUGAUGCGAAUUUUGAUGAUCCACGAAAAGACAAAAAAGGAAGAAGGCUCCAGACUUCACUGGAAGAAAAUACAUCUUCCUUGGUGA